UGACGGACGGAAUGGUUGCUGGCUGUGUGCGUGUGUUGCAGAGACUGCAAAAGUGCAGCGUUUGUGUCACUGUAAAUGCUGUGAAGAAAACAGACGACGGCAAAAAUGUCCAGCAUUUUUCUGUGUAAUUAGGGUGCGCUUUUCUUUAGACAAAUCUGUUCGUUUUGCUAUUCGUCCACCGCUGCAGCCAUGGACAAUGAAGCCAUUCCGGAUGUCCCGAAUGAUGAUCCGGAAACAUACUGCCGGUUGUGUUUUUCUGGAUUCUACGUGGAACCCGUGUUUCCGCACGAUGCCGAACCCAAACAGGAUCUGCUCGAUUUGAUAGCGAAGCAUGUCGAGAUACAUAUCACGCCCGAAGCCGACUAUCCGUGUUCGGUGUGUCGGAUGUGUCAAAUGACACUGGAGGGAUUCCACAAGUAUCGGGAGCGCUGCCGCAGACUCGAUGAAGUGCUGCAGCAGAAACGGCUUGAGAUGAUCCACAUGCGGGUGAAGGUCGAACAUCAGGAGCAGCUCGCUCAAAAUGCGGUGGGUUUCGAGGACAAUACGAUUUACUGUCUCAGCGAUACCGAUGAUGAAGAUCUGGGGGAGGAGGUGAUGGACGGGGUACAUGGAGAUUUGGGCGAAGACCAUCAGGAUGAACUUCUAGAUGAGGAGGUUGAAGAGGAACUGAUUAAGGGGGAUAUAUUGCUUAAACCAGAACCGUACGAUAUGGAUGAGUAUGGACAGACUUCUCACGGCGUGGCCAGUACGCACCCGGUGGAAUCAUACGGCAAGGACGACGUUGUAGUGCUUGAUUCCGAGGAGGAUGAAGAACAGUCGAUGGAAGCAUCCACUAGGGCUAGUAGUGAGGCACAUGGUGAAGAUUAUGCUAAAGAUGAACCCACGAAAUCUUUACCAUUUGAAGUCACCUCCGACGGAGCAUAUCGUUGUACGAUUUGUAAGGAAACAUUUAGACUAAUGAAGGAAAUUAAGACACACAUCCGUAAGGACCAUCCACAGGAAUCACAAAUUUAUUCUUGCCGAUUUUGUGCAAAAAAGUUUUCGGACACGGGAUCGCUACGUGUGCACACCAGGUUUCAUACGAUGGAUUUUCCAUACUCCUGUGAUGAGUGUGGUGCUAAAUUCACUAUGAAAAACCGCCUCGAGAAACACACGGCUCGUUAUCAUGACAAGGAUUCGCCAAGUUACACAGACAAACGGUUCACUUGUUCACUCUGUCCGCGAAUUUUUCUUCAGGAACAAGCCCGCAAUAUGCAUAUUACUCAUUUCCACGACGUCAAGCUCACCGAUGUUCCGGUAGAAGCCAAUCUUUCAUUACAGCAGGUGUUGUUCUGUGAACAGUGUAAUGAAUCGUUCGAUUCGAAUGGCACUUUCAACGAGCACAACCAGAAGCAUCAUCAGACGGAAAGCGAGGAAACCAACGAAAAAUCAAAAACAAAGGUAGCGAAAAGGUACAAAUGUCCAGAUUGCAGUAAGCUGUUCCGUCAUCGCACAGCCUUUCGGUCACACAUUAUGAUAAAUCACGGUACGAUGCCUCACAAGUGUGACGUUUGCGGAAGCUGCUUCGAGCGGAAAACUAAGCUCACGAAGCACAAGGAGCGAUGGCACGGAGAGAACGCCAAGAACAAAGUUUUAGAGCGGUAUAAAUGCGAUCAUUGUGAACGGUACUUUGUGCGUAAUCAAGAUCGUGUUCGGCACGAACAAAUUGUUCACAGCAUUGAGUCCCCUGCGAAAUUGCCAGCGGUUUGGGAGGGCAGGAAGAGUAACUUCCCAUGUUCCAAGUGCGACAGGAAGUUCCCCUCCAUGAAAACCAUGAGAAUACACUUCUCGUUGAAGCAUCCGGAGGUUCCGGUGCGAUUUAAAUGUACGGUCUGUUCCAAGCUGUUCAAGCACAAAACUUCCCUGCGUGAUCACAUGGCGAACCACACCGGACAGCAGCCAUACGGAUGUGUGCACUGUGAAGAAAGGUUUGUUCGUAAAAAGGAUAUGGAGCGGCAUCUGGAGGCCGCCCAUGGUGCGGAUGGAGCGACUAUCGAACAUAAGGAAACAUUCGCUUGUGGGUAUUGCCCGAGAAAGCUACUUUCGAAGACAGCUAGAGCACUCCACAUACGGCACCACCACUCAGACAAGGAGGAUUUCACGAAACAAGUUUUGCUUUCCCUUCCGGAUUCGCUAGUUUGUUCACAUUGCGACAAGGUAUUCACCAACAGAAAUACCCUCAAGUUGCAUGUUCUCAAUCAUUUGGGUAAGCUCCCACAUCAAUGCGAUCAAUGCGAUGCCGGUUUCUAUAAACCGGCCGAUCUCCUAAAGCACAAACAGCGCUAUCACACCGGAGGAUCCUCGCUAAGUUUGGCGAGUCGCUUCAAAUGUGCUUACUGUCCACGUAUCUUCAUCCGGAAGUCAGCCCGCCGCUACCACCACACCGUGUUCCACGGUAUGCUGUCAAAGAAAAAUGUUCCUGCAAAACCGGGAGCGAAAAAACGCAUCAAGCCCGACCCAGAUAUGGAGUAUCCUUGUGCACUUUGUUCGCUCGUUUUCGUUACCGUUCCGAUGCUCGAGACCCACCAUCAACAGCACCACUCCGACCAGGAAUUCUUCUACAAGUGCCCCCACUGUCCAAAACGAACGACUCAUCGAAACACUUACCUGUCCCAUAUAAAGGUCCACGUCGGAGGCUACCGACAUCCGUGCGACGAAUGUAAUGCCCAAUUCGAUCGGAGGAUCCUUCUGGUGAGUCACAAAAGACUGUACCACAGCACGUCGGGCAAGGAAACCCCUCGUUUCCAGUGUUCCCUGUGCCCGCGGGAGUUUAUCCGCAAUCAGGAUCGCGUACGACAUCAGGUCAAUGCGCAUAACUACCGAGUGCAAGGGAGUAAUGCACAAAGCCCGGGACCUUCAAAGCCUACGGUCAAAGGCAAGGGGAAGAUAAAGCUUAAGAUUAAGAAGGAAAGAAUGGUCCACGAGAGUACGACGCAAGACGGGGAGAGUCAACAGCAGCAACAAGUUGAUGCGAAAACGGAAGCAGUUGUCGAAAGGUCACGGGAUGGUUUUUAUGUCUCGAGUGAUGUGGAGGAAUAUGAAAUACCGGAUGACGACGAGGAGGAUGCGACGCAGGAUGGAGCACAGCAAAAUCCAAAAGAAGGGGAUGCCGAGACAGAAAGUCAGGCAUCGGUGCCCACCAUUUCCAAUGUGGUGUCAAUCAAGCAGGAAGCGAUUUCGGCGCGUAGAGGAUACAGUGAGUAUCCUUCAGAGUUUUAGGCAGUAUGCAGAGAGGUAGAUCGGUAAGAGUUAUAUUCUAUGCAAAAAAUUUACAUAUAUUAUAAUGAAUUUCAAAAAUUCGAACCGUGGACGUUUGAACGGGACCGCUGUGAUAUCUCACAUUCAUUAUCUUGGUGGAAUAAUAACCGGAAUGAUCACCUGUCUAGCGUGAUUCUCCUGCGAUUAUCAUGAACGGGUGUUUAAUGAAAAAUGAGAAUGAUUUCAAUAUCUUUCUGUAGAAAAAAGUAAAGAGCGUAUUUUUUUUCUCACCGAGAGAAUUGCUCUC